AACAAAAGUUUGUAUCGAAUUGAAUCUGUCUUGAGAAACCGCCAAAAACUAACUAAGAAAAUUUGUAUUUAAGUUAAUUUAUUAAAAAUUAAAAACAAUCAUGGACAAAUCACUACACAAUCAAUUGUUUGGCGGAGUGUCUCGAAGUCCAUUUGGUUCUAGAACUCGUCAAAGCUCGGCAAGUUCGAUAGUGUCUGGACGCAAGUCGAUGGGUGGCAGCGGCGGUGGCGGCAUUAAGAAAGGAUCCAAUACUGGUCGAUUUAGUGUUUCAGGGCGGUCAACUCAAUCUUUAGCUGGAAUACGAUCCGAAUGCAAUGUCGUGGAAAGUUUUGGCUUCCAACUGCCGGUUCUUGUCAAUGAGGCACUAACCUUUAGCGAAAGAAAUUGUGGUGUUUCGAUAAACUGUUCAAGCAACGGAUGGGCAUGGGCUCUUCAUGGAAGACGACUGUUAGUUUGGCAGUACAAGGACAAUCGUCAGGGCUCCCCAAAGUACAAAGAUCUUUCUCGGACUCCCCAGCGUCGCACAACUACAGCACAAUGCCGAGAACUUACUUUGCCUCAUUGUGAUAUUGGGCACAAAGCUUCACUGGUCACAGUCUUUCAACCAGAUGGCCAACAAAUGGCUUCAUGUCUGGCGGUGUCUCCAACUGGAGAUGUUCGUUACUGGCCAUCAAUCGCGCACGAUGGAUCUUCCAUUGACUCCAAUGGAAUCCUAGAUGGCCAAGAGUUCGACUUCCUACUGCCGAUUCCUCCUCAGGGAUACCUCCUCGUAACCACCACAUGCAACCUGCUCUUCCUUCAACUGCAAGUUGUUAAUGGCAGGCAUGUUAUUCACCAUCGCACCGUCAAGGCUCCUUCCGGGUUCUUCGGGGGAAUUGGGAAGAAGUUUGCUUCGAUUAUAAUCGGAAUGAAUAGUGGACACGAUAAGGAAAAUAAAUUUGUAAAAGUAGAUAGUGAAAAAGUUUCCGACAACGAAUGGAAUGUCAUCGUUUUGGCCGAUCGAUGGGUUCAAAAGUGGAUUUUUUCGAAUAAUGGCAACGAACAACUUCUCUUCGAGGAAAACGAUGUUAUGCGCAAAAUUCGUGAUGAAUUUCAUCAAAAGUUUUGGAAUGGAAGGGCUGAGAGCACUGAGAUCGAAAUCAAUUUGCUUGAUAUGCAAAUAUCCGACGGAAAAGUUUAUGUCUUCGCAGGAGCUGUUAACACAUCGCAUACUCCUCAAAUGCAUUAUGCCAUAGUUAUAUUGGAACAGGAACCGGAGUACCUUCGUCUUAGUUCCUUUAUUCCAUUGAAACUUUCACAAUUCUACAGCACUGGAACGGAAGUCAAUUGCUUGCAACUUCGUUUCAUAAUCUGUCGAUCCUAUGCCUAUUUAUACUGCGACAAAACAAUAUACCCCGUAAAUCUCCUUAACCCCACUGGUGGUGAUUUGGAGGCUGAAAAAAUAGAAUUCCAACUUCAAGACGAUCACAUUCUGAGUGCAGCUGUUUGUGGCAAUAUUCCACUUUUCUUCAGUCGCAACCAUGGACUCGUGUGUGUUUCGCCAUCGGACUUUGAUAAUAGUGACUUUUUGAACUCAUCAUAUUCUCCCGAUGUCUUCACACCGCCAUUCUCCGAUUCCUUGAAUAAUACCGCCAUCAAUCAGACUGUUAACUUAAAUAGUCUUUCAAUGUACGAACUGGAUCCGGAUGAGAUUUUCAACGACAACAAAGAUGAAGUUAGUCAGUUGAAAGCUGCAUUUAUCUAUCACAUCAAACGAAACAACACUAUGUGCACUUCGAUAUUGAAGGAUCUGGUUCCGGCAGAUAUUGGCCUAGAUGAGUUGGAUGGGCAACUCGAUAAGACCGUUGUAGCUAUAGCUGAGGACUUGGCUGAAGACAUCCCAGCAGCUGAUCCACGAUGGGAACAAGUCGAGAAAAAUCUCAAGCACUCCCUGGGAAGUUCUUCGUCACUUCAAAUUAUAAGUCAAUUAAAGGAGAAAAAUAUGGCUUUGAGUCAUUUUGUUGACUUUUUACACUCCACUGGUCUUUGGGAUAAGUUAAAUGCCGUGUCGUAUCGUGGACUAGUUAAGCCAACGUGUUAUGUCGUUUCGGAUAUCAAUGAGAAAAUUAUCGCUGCAAUUGCCCUCAAGAUGGCUCAUAACAAACACAAUAAGCUCAUCGAUGAAGCCUUGGAAAUUGUCAUUUCCCAAUGGAAGGAGUUCCCAUCUGGAAAUCUCACCUCACAGGAUCUGUUCUAUGUCAGAUUGACACAAUUUCAAGAUGUUAUUCAAGCUCUUUGUCAAGUUGCCGACUCAAAGAUAGAAUCCCAUCAUCAAUCCUCGGCUAUUGCGGCGUUCUUGUGUGACCUAAAUGCGAUUAUCCUAUCGAUCUUACACGAAGUUAUAUCGUUCAGGGAGCAAAACAUGGCCAAAUAUAUUCUGCCAGCAGACAAAAGUAAUUCCUACGAGUACUUACCUUGGACAGCAAUGUCGGGAAAAAAUGGUUUACGGGACUCACUGACACAUUUGAUUUCAAUUACUGUAAAAUAUGGAGCCAAGUCCACGGGAGAGCCCGAAAUAAAAUACAAACUCUAUCAACAAAUUAUGGAACUCAUUGACUUUGUCCUCGAUGGAAGGAAGAACUACUUGGAAAGCAUCAAAGACAAUGAGAAAUACGGAGUUCUUUUGCAGCAAUAUGAAUCACAAAGAAAGGAAUUAAUUUUGAUACUCAUUGAUGAAGGUCAAUAUGAAUUGGCAGCUAAAUUAGCAGAGAAGUACCUCGAUUUCCAGAGUUUGGUUGUGAUUUGUGAUCAAACUGGCAACCAAGAUCGCUUGGAUGGAUACAUUGAAAAGUAUCAGGAAUAUGAUUUUUCACAAUUUGCUAUCAAUUGGCAUUUGAGACAAAAUCGACAAGGCGAUGUGUUUGAGCGUUUUAAGGGAAAUCAAGCUGCGUUGUCGCAGUUCUUAAGGGAUCAUCCAUCACUUGGCUGGAUUCAAUUGAUUUUCAAUGGAGAUUUUGAUAGAGCUGCUGGAAUACUGUUCCAAUUGGGUCAAGAUGAAACCGAAUUUGUUCAACGAAAGAAGUCAAUAUUAUCGUUAGCAAAACUAGCAUCACUAGCUGCCGAUUCAGACCUCUCAAAUCAAGUCACCGAAAUAAAUGCGGAACUCAACUUAGUAGACUACCAGGAGCAGCUUAAUGAACAACUUUUGCUAUCAUAUGGCUAUGAUGUCGAGAAUCCCAAAGUAUUAAAAGCAGAAGAAAUAAUUAAUCUUUUUAUAUCAGAAGAAAAUGAGACUGCCACUGAAUUUGAUUUCCGUAAAGCCAUCGAGUUGCUUAACUACGUCGACGAUCCAUGUGAUGUCCGUCACAAGAUAUGGUGUGCAGCGAUAUUGAGAGAUUCCUGGACUCAUUACGAUAUGAAUUCAGCAUUGGAUUAUCUGCAAAAUACAAUAUUCUUUAAGUUAAUAGAAGUCUGUUAUUUAAUGGAUGGAGAUUUUGAUGAAUUUCUGCCAUCAAUUGAUGAAUUUCUAAACAGUUCAGACCUGGGGUCUUUAACACAAGACAAAUCAUUCCAAUAUCUCAUAAAACUUGCAUACGAGCAUAUAACAGAUUCAUUUCAAAAGGGCAUGGAUCAGGAAUGAGUUGUAGAGUUUUAAGUAUAUUCGUCUGUUUUGUUAUGUCAAUCGUGUUUUUUCUAAGUUCUUUAUUUCAUUUAAAAUAUAAAAUAAAACUAAUAACCUA